UUUCAACUGGAAUACAGAUAAAAUUGUAAAUAAAAAUAAUGUAAACAUUUAAAAAAUACACCGUUUUUUGAUUUUUAUUGUGUUAAAAAAAAGAAAUAUGUUGUUGGUAACUUCGAUUCUGCAACAAUGAAACUAAUGUGUGAAAAUGUCAAAAGAUCUUAUAAGACAAGAAUUUAAUGAGUUUUUUUGUUUUCUUGUGGCCAAUAAAAUGUGCAUUAAUCUAACAAGAAAAUAAAUAUAAAAAUAAACAAAAACAAAUUUUAGUGGGAAAAUUUAAAAUCUACUUUAUUUUUUUUUUUGUGCCCCCUCCCAAACAAAUCAAUGAAUGUGGCAUUAAAAAGCAACGAUUGUUACGUGUGGCUGGUCGUUGGCGUUCGGGUUGCGCGGUCGGAUAUUUUUUGUGUGGAUAUCUUUUCUUUAUGGCCGAUUAGUUGAUUUACUUUUCAUAAGAGUGAGUGUGUGUGUGUGUGGUGCUUGUUGUAAACGGCGAGAAUGUGAAUAGAAAAGAAAAUAAGACGAAUAAAAGCUACAACAGCAAAGCGGCAGCAGCCAGCAGCAACAACAACCUAACUAAUACGAGUACAUCGAUUGAUUGUGUGCGGAGUAGGAGUGGUGCCUGCUUUUCGCUUUUAUUUUUUUUGUUUGUUAUUCGGUUUUACUUUACACUGUUUGCUGAUGAUUAUGAAAGUGUAUGAGUGCAUUCUAAUUGGAAACGAGAAAUAAAGUGGAAUAGGAGAACAAAAAAUUUUUUUGAAGCUGAUCAUUAAAAUCCGAAGUACAUAAUUUUUUUUUUCUUCGUUGGAUAACGCUAAGGAGAAAAAGUGCAAAUCCAGAACCAUGUUGCCAACAACAACAUCGGUCACAUGUUGCUCUAACAGAAAAUGAAUGCUACUGGUCAUGCAACAACUCCUGGAGAGUCAACGACAGCAGCAGCAGCAGCAACAACAACGGCAACAACAGCAGCAGCACAUUUGGCAGCAAUAAUAGCAAAUACCGCCCAUGCGAACGGCUAUGAUCAGCAGCAACAGCGUCAUCAUCAGCAACAACAACAACAGCAAGAGCAACAACAACACACUCGCCAAUCACCAGCUCAUCAACAAGCAACGCAACAUCAUCAUCACCAUCAUCCAGCCGCAGUUGCACAUUCACAAUUGAACGAGUCGUCACCUGUUGGCAAUGAUGUGAUAUCGCAACAAACGAGAAGUGCAAUAACCAAUCAACCUUGUACAGAAGACCGGCAAGGAGGAGUAACAAGCCAACAAUCCCUACCAAUACCAUUGAAAAUGUCUUCAACAAAUCCGACGACUGUAUCUUCGUCGGCACCACCGACAACGUUGGUGGCGGCACCUAGCAGCAAUCCAGUUACGACAAUUGCCUCGAUUUCAAAUUCUUCCCAGUCGUCAUCGACAACAACGGGAACAACAACACCUUCCAUUGUUGUCCCCCAACAACAGCCGCAGCAGCAACAGCAUAUUGUAACAACAGCUGUUUCCGUUGCAAGCUCAGAGGGUAAUCUAGCCAUACGUCAUGCUGGUGGACCACCACCACCUCAACAUGUUCAAAUUCAACAACAACAACAACAUGUUCAGCAUCACCAUCAGCAGCAGCAACAACAGCACCAUCAACAUCAAACGGCCUCGGCUGCAGCGACAACUACCACAACGGAGUUAUUGGUGAAAACAUCUGGUACAACCCAAACAACCACAAGUUCCACACUUCCGGCGGGUACCAUUCUAACAAAUAAUUCUCAAAAUUUGGGUAAAUAUUGGGUUGUAACGAAUUUUUUCCAAGGACAACAGCAGCAGCCCAACACAACCGUUGCCUAUAGUAGCAGUGAUAGCGGUAGUUCAACUGGCGGCGGUGUUACCUAUACCCAGACAUCUAUAGCGGGAGUGCCUUCUUCGACCCUAAUACGUGCAAUAUCCACAACAGCGGCAGCUGGCUCGGGCGGCGGCGGUGGCGUAUCAUCAUCAACAGCCUCAGCGACAUCUUCUGGCGUAACAAAAUCGGCAACGGUAACAAGUAGCAGUGCUGGAACACUGCAAAUACCGACAACGCAAAUGUUGUCACAGGCUGCCAUAGGGCAACAAUUGCCAAAUGGUACCAUCAUAACAACACAGGCUGCUCAACAGCAGCAGCAGCAACAACAACAACAGCAGCAGCAAAGACACGUUGCUGAACAUCAACAACAGCAGCAACAGCUACAACAUGUGCAUGCUUUAAACUCAGCGGAAGAUAAUCGACAACAGCAACAACAACAACAGCAGCAGCAACAAAUUGCCCAGCAACAUCAUCAACAACAACAACAGCAGCAGCAACAACAACAACAACAUGUUGCCGUGCAACAAUCAAACGAUGCAAUAAAGGACGAAAAGCCUUCCUUCAUAACAAAUGGCAAAAUUCCCACUAGUAAUCAACAGAUAAUAAUGCAGCACAUCUCUACAGCUGCAUCGACGGCAACACCAUCCACAUCAGGAGCAACUACAAUAACAUUGGGCACACCAAAAGCCGAGAUCAAGGAUGACGGCAGUGUCGUUGUAGGAGGAAAAAUACAUCCCGGCAUUGAAAUGUAUAAAGUUAAUAUUGAAGAUAUAUCACAGUUGUUCGCCUACCAUGAGGUCUUUGGAAAGAUUCAUGGUGAUGUUAUAAAUCAUCCAUUGGCAGCCGCACAUGCCGGCAUACCAGUUUCAGCUAAUAGUAGUAUAGUAGCACCUACCGUUACGGCCACCAGCAGCAAUGCAAAUGAAUCGCAGCAACAACAGCAGCAGCAGCAGCAACAACAACAUCAACAGCAAGCCGGCGGUACUGCUGGGGUGGCCAAUAGUGGCGGCAGCAAUAUGCCACAACAACAACAGCAGCAGCAAACAACAGAGUCGACCAUAACUACAACGGCCACUGGAGCUGUGGCCACUACCAGUGCAGCAACGGCAAUUGCCAAUACCACCGGCACUGCAGUAGCCACCACAACGGCUGGCGGGGCAGCAGCUGGUCUACUUUUGCCCAAAAUGGAGGGUGGCAUUGCCGUCGAUCAAAGCCAGAUAACUUUGGCGCCCGAUGGAACGGUUGUCUCCACCGGUGAACAUGUCUGCGAUAUCUGUGGCAAAAUGUUUGCCUUCCGCUAUCAAUUGAUUGUACAUCGUCGCUACCACACCGAACGCAAACCGUUCAAUUGUCAGGUUUGCGGUCAGGGUUUCUUUACCUCACAGGAUCUAACGCGUCAUGGUAAGAUUCAUAUAGGCGGACCCAUGUUCACCUGUGUCGUUUGUUUUAAUGUUUUCGCCAAUAAUGCCUCGCUUGAGCGUCAUAUGAAACGACAUUCGACCGAUAAGCCCUUUGCCUGCACCAUUUGUCAGAAGACAUUUGCGCGCAAAGAACACUUGGAGAAUCACUUUCGGUCGCAUACCGGAGAGACGCCGUUUCGGUGUCAAUAUUGUGCAAAGACCUUUACACGCAAGGAACAUAUGGUGAAUCAUGUGCGCAAGCAUACGGGAGAGACACCACAUCGUUGCGAUAUUUGUAAGAAAUCCUUUACACGCAAGGAGCACUAUGUUAAUCACUAUAUGUGGCACACUGGUCAAACUCCUCAUCAGUGUGAAGUAUGCGGCAAGAAAUAUACACGCAAAGAACACUUGGCCAAUCAUAUGCGUUCACAUACCAACGAUACGCCCUUCCGUUGUGAGAUCUGUGGCAAAAGUUUCAGUCGCAAAGAACACUUUACCAAUCACAUUUUAUGGCAUACAGGCGAAACACCCCAUCGUUGUGACAUCUGCUCGAAAACUUUUACGCGCAAAGAACACUUAUUAAAUCAUGUGCGACAGCAUACGGGCGAAUCACCGCAUCGUUGCACCUAUUGCCCGAAAACGUUUACGCGCAAAGAACAUCUAACCAAUCAUAUACAUCAACACACCGGCGAAACUCCUCAUCGUUGUGAUUUCUGUUCGAAAACGUUUACGCGCAAGGAACAUUUAUUAAAUCAUGUGCGACAACAUACAGGCGAAUCACCUCAUCGUUGCACCUAUUGUAUGAAAACGUUUACGCGCAAGGAACACUUGGUCAAUCAUAUACGACAACAUACAGGCGAGACGCCCUUUAAGUGUACCUACUGCACCAAGGCUUUUACCCGAAAGGAUCACAUGGUGAAUCAUGUGCGACAACAUACUGGCGAAUCACCGCACAAGUGUACAUUUUGUGCCAAGACUUUUACGCGCAAAGAACAUCUAACCAAUCAUGUACGCCAGCAUACGGGCGAGUCGCCACAUCGUUGCAGCUACUGCAAAAAGACCUUUACCCGUAAGGAACAUUUGACGAAUCAUGUGCGCCUGCAUACAGGCGAUUCGCCGCACAAAUGUGAAUACUGUCAGAAGACAUUCACACGCAAGGAACAUUUGAAUAAUCACAUGCGUCAGCAUUCGAGCGAUAAUCCCCAUUGUUGUAAUGUCUGCAACAAGCCAUUUACGCGCAAAGAACAUUUAAUCAAUCACAUGUCACGUUGUCACACCGGCGAUCGUCCAUUUGCCUGUGAGACAUGCGGCAAAUCGUUCCCGCUCAAGGGUAACUUGCUCUUCCAUCAACGUAGCCAUACGAAGGGUCAGGAAAUGGAGCGGCCAUUUUCAUGUGAAAAAUGUCCCAAGACAUUUAUAUGUAAAGGUCAUUUGGUUUCUCACAUGCGUUCUCAUUCCGGUGAGAAGCCACACGCUUGUACAUUAUGCAGUAAGGCUUUUGUGGAAAGGGGCAAUUUGAAACGUCAUAUGAAAAUGAAUCAUCCAAAUGCUCCAAUGCCACCUCCACCAGUGCCACAUCCCAUAAUACCAGCCGGUGUAUUGCCGCAGAUAAAACAAGAAAUAAAACCAGUUUUAAGUGAAUUAACUCCAUUGCAAACAGCUCCCAUUGCACAUACCAUACAACAUAUAACAGCUGGUGCUGGAGGUAAUACAGUGCAAUUGGCCACAGGACUGGUGCCUUUGGUAACAUCGACCAUAACAUCUCAUGCCACGCAGAAACAAGCGCCUCCAUCACAAGCCCAGCCGGCUGCUCAGCAGCAACAACAGUUGCAACAGCAGCAGCAACAGGUGGUGAACAGUCAUCAGCAACAACAACAACAGGCCGCUGCGGCUGCGGCAGCUGCAGCCCAUCAAUUGCAACAACAUCAGCAGCAGCACCAACAACAUCAGCUAAUGCAAUUAUCUUUGCAACAAGCAGCUGCUGCUGCGGCAGCUCAACAACAAUUGCAACAACAUCAGGAACAGCAAAGACAACAUCAUCAGCAGCAGCAGCAACAACAACAGCAACAAAAUCAACAACAAGCUCAUCAUCAGCAAGCAGCUAGCAAUGUUGUUGUUGCCUCAGCCCAUCAAGCCAAUCAACAACAGGCCAACCAACAGCAGCAGCAAGCGCAACAGCAACAACAACCACCACCACAAGUGCCAAUCGCUUUAAUACAAGAUCCUGAAUUGGCCCGUGCUGCCAUGCAACAAUUGCAACACAUGCCGCCGCCUAAUGUUGAACAACAUCCAGUUGUUUACUAACAACAAAAGCAAAAUGCCAAUAUCAUAAUAUGGUAAAGGCAAGGAUAUAUGAAAUAAAUUAUAAGAAAAGCAAAACUAAUAAUAAAAAGAAAUAAAUAAUAACAAGAUGAAGUGAAAAGGAGAAUAUUAAAUUUCCUUAGGGAUUUUAGAAUAAAAAAACCUCUAUUCGUUGUGGAUUCCUUUCAUGUAUAUUUUUUAUAAAACAUUCUAUUCUGUAUUUUUUUUAUUGUAUAAUAUCUAUUUAUUUUUUAAAAAUAUUUUAUAUGGUGUGUGUGUGAAUGUGAAAUUUUUAUGACCCCAAAAAGAGCUAAAUUAGAUUGGAUUUUUUCCCUUUUUUCUUGAAAGAUGCUUUAAUAUUUUUUAAGCAACAAAAAAGUUUUACAAGCUAUUGGUUUUGAAUUUCCCACUGAAGUUCAUACUUGGAGAACAUUUAAAGUUAUUUCGAACCUUUAAAAGGAUAUUGCCGGAGUAGAACUUUGUCUAUGAGUCUAUGUACAGGCAUAAUAAAAUCUCUCUGUAGCUUAAAGAAAUUGCUCGGUAUAUGUUUCAAAAAUAUGUGUGUAUAAAUAGAAAAAUAGACUCUUUGAAUAUAAAAACUUGUAAUUAAGGAAGGAUCUUUAUUUGAAUAGUGGGUAUGUAUUUAAAAAAAAUAUUCUUACUAAUUAUUGAGCAUGGAUUUUAAAAGCUUUGGACUGGAAGAACCCUAAAAGACUUUAGUGAAUGCAAAAGUUUGACAACUUCUGUCAAGCAUAAGAUCAAAAAAUAUGAGGUAAAAGUUUCACACAUUCACAUACAUAUAUCACAACAGAUUAUUUUUAUUUUUAUCAUCUCAUUUGUGCAAUUAUUGUAUACAUAGUUCUUUUUUCGAAUCAAGUAGCUGGGCUACCUAAAAAAAUAUAAUCAAGAGCAUGUUUCAUAGAAACAGGAAAACAAAAUUGCUCCAAAAAUUUGCAAUUCUUUCGAUUUGAAUAAGAAAUCCACACACAAAAUUCCAUACUUCCCGUUUAAACAAAAUCCCCAAAAAGAAAUUGUUUAUUCUCCUUUUCUCACUUUUAAUUAGGCUUUAAAACAUAUUAUUUAUAUACACAAGAAGUUAUUUUACAUAUAAAUAAAAAAAAUAACUAUUAGUUUUUAGCAUUAGAAACACACAAAACCAACAAACUUCCCCCUUCUCCUCACAUUAACAUUUAAGAUUAAUUGGUAAUGAAUAAUGAAAACAAACACAACCCAGCCUAAAAGUAAUUCUGAAUUAAUUUCAGUAGAGCAUUAAUUAUAUUAACAGUAAUAUAUAAUAAAAAAUAUAUAUAAAUACAUUAAACAUGUUUUUUUUUAAUUUCUUCAAUCUCUGUUUCCUUCUUCUUCUGUUUUGUUAACCAAAUUGAUAUGACUUUCUCUUUCACACCAACAAAAUUGUUAUUGCUUUAAAAACGGCAAAAAAAGAAACCUAACAAAUAUUUUGGUUCCAGAAAAAAUGUAUUAAAACUUUGCAUUUCUCCAACUAUUCUAUCCCACACGAAUAUUAUUUCAAAGUGUUAAAUUGCAAAAAAAAAAGAAA